UGCGUUUCACUUUGUCGACAAUUAAUUUGUGUUUUGAUAAUAUUACAAAAUUUUAUUAUUAAUAAAAAAAGUGAGGUUAAGAUUGACAGGUACAACAAUUAUUGUUGAGGAUUCACUCGAGUGCUUUAAAACAAUGCUCAAUGCAAACAUCAGGCAAACUUUAUAAAGUUGCGUUCAAAUUACCACCAUAAGUAUAACGAGCAAUUCACAAUAAAGGCACUUAUCGAUCUCUUUGAGAGUUUCAAAUCGUACGAGGGACUGUUCUAUUGCCUUGGCUCUAUUAUGCACGAUCUUGUGUUAUACUUGUAUACAAAUAAUUUACAAAAAAAAAUAUUUAAAUUAAUGUUCAAAAGGGAGAAUCAAUUUUUCGACAGCAGAGUUGUGAGAGAAUAGUCUUUUUCAAGUUGAGUGAAUCAAAAUAUAUCGUGAGACGAAGAUAUCCCAAUCUAUGGACUGAAAUUCUUCUCCAGAGCAAUAUCCUUACAAUCAAUCAUUGAACGAUCAGAAAGAUGCGAAAUAUUUUGUUAAUAAAAAUUCUACUCGUCUGAGUGUUAUAAACAAUAAAUAAUAAAUCGUUAAACUUUUGAACGUGUGGAAUUUCCCUCAACAAAAGACACUUCGUGCUUGAGAGCAAUGAAGAAAAAAGGGAGAAUAGAAGUUCUUUUUGGGAUAUGCACUUUGGCAGCUAGUGUGAUAAUGGCAAGUGCCUCACCGACAGAGAGAACAUUCUUAUUAGGAGAAGAAUGCAGUAGAGAUCGAGAGUGUGAAGGCAGCAUCAUGAACAGUCGAUGUUACUUGGGCUAUUGCCGAUGCCUACCCUUUUUUGCUGAAUAUAAUAGCACCCACUGCUUAGAAUCAAAUCUUCUUGGACAAGAUUGCCUCAUUAAAGAGCAAUGCUCAUUAAAGGUAGCCAACAGCACUUGCCAGACUGGCCUUUGCAGGUGUGAAGAUGGAUUUUUGCAGUAUCGAAAACACACUUGUUUAGGACCCGCACAAUUGGGACAAGUUUGCUACAGUAAUGAUCAUUGUAGAUUAUGGGACAGCGAUACACAUUGCGAUUAUUUGAUUCCAAAUUUAUUUGGUCGUUGUGAAUGCACGUCGCCAAUGCGUCGCGAUGGUAAUGUUUGCCGUCCCGAUCGUCUUGUUAGGCCGGCUUUUGAUUUACAACAGCAAUCUGUCCUGCAGAAACCAAAUGACGAUGUGACACAGCAAAACUAUCUUAACAACGAUGAAUUCAUCAAUCAGGAAGCGGAAACUGGUGUUCAAUUAUCGUGGUUGAAAAAUGCAAGUUUACUUCUUUCUACAACGCCGACAGUAGAUUCAGAAUCAAUUUUAAUUGUGACUCGAUCAUCGCCAAGUCACUCAAAACCAAUUCAUAAUCGAAAUAAUGAUAUUCCCGAAGAAAAUGAUGCUGUUAUUGUAGACGCGAUGAUUACUGAACUUAUUCAAACGACUUCUGUUCCUGUCACUGUUUCUGUUCCAAUGAAGACAGAACGACACGAGGGCGGAAAUGCCUUUUCUGUAAUCAGUCUUGGUUUGCCAUGUACAGCGAACAUUGAAUGUCAAAUGGCAGAUUCUAAUUCGCGAUGCAUAAAUGGUAUCUGUGAUUGUAAGUCGUACGGAAAAGGAAACGCUACUUGUAGUGCACGAAAAAAAGGCUGCGAGCCUGGAACUUUUCAAUGCCGAAGUACCGGAUUUUGUAUCAGCUGGUUUUUUGUUUGUGAUGGUAAACAAGACUGUAAGGACGGUUCAGAUGAGGUAUGCUCGACCACACAGUGUCCGGCGCAGGCUUUCAUUUGCCACAGAAGUGGUAUGUGCAUUUCCAUGGCACUACUAUGCGAUGGUAACCGCGAUUGUCCGAAUGGCGAAGAUGAAGAAAGCUGUCGCAGUCGAAGAAGAUGCCCGGAGGGUGCUUUUCGUUGUAACAAUGGACAAUGUCUCCCGGCUUAUGAAUUUUGCAAUGCUGUUGUUUCGUGCCGUGAUGGAAGUGACGAGCCUCACGAUGCAUGCCGAACGAGAAAUAAAGGUCGAGUGGCUCCUAAAUUUUGUCCAUUUAAAUGCAAAAAUGGAAGAUGCCGAUCAGAUGCGAUUGCUUGCAGUGGAAGAGAUGGCUGUGGUGAUAAUUCCGAUGAAAUAAAUUGCUCAGUCUGCAGAUGCGCUGCUUAAGGAACCAGUUCUUUUAUAACAACUUGCCGUGAAGCAAAUUACAUUCAUCAUAUGUUGGAAGAAAUAUUCGACUUUCUUUUAUAAUAAAUUAACGAAUUUAUAAAUUAAUGUCAAACGCCCAGAAGAAAUGUAUUUAAUUCAGAACAUACUGAAUUUUUUAUUUGGUUUAAAAUUUAAUUUGGUAACAAAGUUAAUUUGGUUU